AUGGCGGCCGACGUCUUCAUGCGGCCCGGCCGGUUGGCGGGGUCCCGGGCGCUGCCCGUGCCGCCCAUCUCCCCCCGGGCCGGGCCUGACGAGGACUCUUCGUCGGACGACACCGAGGAGGAGGAGGAGGAGGGGGACGAGGCCAGCUGCCCGGCGGCGGCGGGAGGGCGCGGGCGGGCCGGGCCCGAGGGCCGCGGGGCCGCUGGCGGCGGGCGGCUACACGGCGGCGGGUCGGGCGGGCGCCCGGCGCGGCGGGCGGCGCAGAUCAUCCACUCGGGCCACUUCAUGGUGUCGUCGCCUCACAGCGAGCACCCGCCCAAGAAGGGCUACGACUUCGACACCGUCAACGAGCAGACCUGCCAGACCUACCGCUUCGGGGCGGCGGCGGCCGAAGGAGGGGGCCGCCUCAGCAUCGACGCCUCCCUCACCAAGCUCUUCGAGUGCAUGACCCUGGCCUAUAGUGGCAAGUUGGUUUCACCAAAGUGGAAGAAUUUUAAAGGCUUAAAACUUCAGUGCAGGGAUAAAAUCCGGCUCAACAAUGCCAUCUGGAGGGCAUGGUACAUUCAGUAUCUGGAGAAGCGAAAGAACCCCGUCUGCCAUUUUGUGACUCCCUUGGAUGGUUCUGUGGAGGUGGACGAACACCGUCGCCCUGAGGCUAUUGCAACAGAAGGGAAAUAUUGGAAACGGCGGAUAGAAAUAGUGAUCAGAGAGUAUCAUAAGUGGAGGACCUAUUUUAAGAAAAGGUUACAGAAGCACAAAGAUGAAGACCUCUCCAUCUUGGUUCGGGACGAUGACAUGUUCCUGUGGCAUAAAGACACAUAUGGCCGGGAGACUCCUGUCCCCAUGGAACUGGACUCCUUCUUCAGUACAGACAUGCUCAUGUCAGAGUUGCCAGACACCCUCUUCUCCACGCUGUCUUCUCACCAGCCGAUUUCAUGGCCAAAUCCCAGAGAGAUAGCUCACGUAGGAAAUGCCGACAUGAUUCAGCCGGGACUUAGUCCUCUCCAGCCCAACUGCAUGGAUACUUUUGAAUUUUUUCAGGACCUUUUCUUGUCCAGCCGUUCCUGUAAUUAUACCCUCCCCACUGUUCCUGCUCCCAGUACCGUCAUGGCAGACGCCUGCAGCCAUCCUUCCCAGGCUGGAGAGCUGCCCUCGGGGCCGUUGCCCAACUUGCUCCCGCCCGUGAACCUCAGCGAAGGGCUCAUCGGCGCCUCAGUGCCUGCCUCCAUCCUUCCCAGUGUGGCUGAUGUCGGUGCCGACCUCGGCUUGAGGACCGGAGACUCCUUCCUGCAGCCGCCGGGUUUCAGCGCCGAGCAGCAGCCGUUCCUGUCUUCGUUCCCGGCUCUGGUGCCGCUCCUCCAGCCCCCGCAGCAGGCACCCGUGCCUCUGGAUACCAGCCUGGCCUCUCAGGCAUCCUUGUUUGCUUCUCCAGAGGCCCCAGAGCUUGGGCUCAGCAAAUCCUCCGUGAUCACCCACACCGCUUCUGCCACCCCCACCCACAACGUCUCCGCCACCACCUUCAGCCACAGCGGCCUCCUGGCAGCCCAGCAGCCAGGGGUGGGAGUGCCUUGCAGCCUGACUCUCCAGACUGCCGUCGUGCAGCGCCAGCCUCUGCUGCAGCCCCAGGGCACCUUUGCCCUCCCCUUGGCCGGCGCCGGGACUCGGCCCAAGAAGCCGCAGAAGCUCGUGCCUGCUCCAAAGCCAGAAACGGUGUCCUUAGUGUUGAAAAACACCUUCCUCGCCCCGGCUGCCUUCCAGGGACCGUCCAGAGCUGUGAUUGUUACUCCGGCCCCCAUGAAGAGAGAGAGUGUUUUGGCCCCAAGGAUCUCCCAGCCCAACGUUGUCAUUGCCCCGUCUGGACUGGCCCGAGCACCCCAAACUGCAGAAUUCCACGGCAGCAUUCUGCUCAGUCCGGGCCACCCGUCUGCGAGCCCCCAGCCCGGCCCAGCCACCAUUCCACAUCUCUUCUCUCCCGGUGCAAUGCAGGAUGCGUUGGUGAAAGGCGAGCAGGCCCUCCCCCGCAAAACCUGCCCCCAGGUCCCCUCGCCCGUCUCCAGCAGAGACUUCCAGCAGUCGGGGCAGGCGUCACCUUGCACAUCGGAACAAAGUCCCAGCCCUCAGUCCCCACAGAACAACUGCUCAGGGAAAACCGCCGCUGACCCUCAGGUGGUGGCUUUUAAGACCCGAAGGAUGAAGCAUAUUUCAGCAGAGCAGAAGCGGAGGUUUAACAUCAAGAUUGGCUUUAGCACCCUGAAUACCUUGGUGUCAGCAAACUCUAAAUCAAUCAGCCAUGCCCUCACGCUUCAGAAGACGGUGGAAUACAUCGCAAAGCUGCAGCAGGAACGAUCUCACAUGCAGGAGGAAGCCAAGCGCCUCAAGGAGGAAAUCGAGGAGCUGAACGCUACCAUCAUCUCAUGUCAGCGGCAGCUCCCUGAAACCGGCGUUCCCAUCACACGGCAGAGAUUUGACCAGAUGCGGAGUAUGUUUGAAGAAUAUGUACGAAACAGGACCCUGCAAAAUUGGAAGUUCUGGAUUUUCAGCAUCAUCAUUAACCCCUUGUUCGAAACGUUCAACGGCAUGGUGUCCACGACCAGCUUGCAAGAGCUGAACCAGACCGCCUUGGCCUGGGUGGACCAGCACUGCUCUCUGCCUGUUCUGAGGCCAAUGGUUUUGAACACCCUCCGACACCUAAGCGUCUCCACCUCCAUUCUCUCCGACCCGUCCCGGUUGCCGGAGCAAGCCGCCAAGGCCGUCAGCAAGAUGAACCAAACAGCUGGAGAGACCUAACCAAACCUAUCCAAAGAUGGCAGCGCCAGCUCCUUAAGCCUGGGCAGGCAGGAGACCGAGCCUCACAAGA